GUAUGACGUAAUCCGUGGCAUCAUUUUAUAAAGAAACGGGGUUUGAUGAAUGUUCAUUGGUUUGUGAUAUCGUCUGCUCUCACAGUACACGGAGACGUUAAGUACACUUGAGAAUGAGAUGAUCCGCAUCGUUGGCACAGUCUUCAAUUAAGAAUCAAAAGAAAUCUCCAUUUCUAAAUCAAAAUGUGGAUAAAAAGCAUACAAUACACAUUUGUAAUGGUGACAAUUUUGUUGAGAAUUUCGGAUAGCGUCGGACAAACUUUGACGUCAGAAAUGUAUACAUUUUCUACCAUUUUAAAUAUCAUUGAGGAGGACAGCACUCAAUUCACAACAUACAGGCCUGCGUACGAUAAGACAAGUGAGGGAGCAGCUACAGCAACAGCUCAAUAUGAAGAUAAUAACGAUGGUGAUGUCAUCGAUUUGAACCUAAUGGGGUUCUUCCCGGUGACUGGAGAGAGCUUUUCUCGUGGAAAGAGUUACUAUAUUGCUGCAGAUAUGGCGUUACGCGACGUCAACGCAAGAACGGAUGUAUUAGGUGGAUACAGACUUCAGCUCAACUGGCGAAAUACACAGUGUAAUGCUGGCAUUGGUACCAAAUCACUUUUCACAUUUAUCAACUCCAGUACAACCUACAUUAUGGUACUUGGUACCGGUUGCUCCGUGGUUGCUGAACCAGUAUCUAUGGCAGCCGAUUUGUGGAACCUUUUACAGGUAUCCUAUGGGGCAUCAAACCCAGCACUGAGUAACCGCAAAAAGUACAAGUCCUUCUUCCGAACCUGCGCUUCAGACACCAUCUUCAACUACGCACGACUGGCCAUGAUCAGAUUAUUUGGGUGGAAAAAGGUUGCAACGCUCCACGAGAAUCAAGAAUUGUUUUCAACAUCAAUCAAUCGAUUUGGAUCGCUAUUAUCUGAAGCAAAUAUUACACUAAUUACAUCUGAGAGCUUUGCAAUUGAUCCUGCCGAGCAGAUACGUAAUCUCAAGGAAACGGAAGCGUGGAUUAUUUUUGGAAAUUUCUAUGAAAACAUGGCAAGAAGGGUAUUCUGUGAGGUGUACAAAGAAGGUCUUUAUGGAAGAAACUACGCUUGGUUUUUGCUGGGGUGGUACAAGCCACGUUGGUGGGAGGAACCAGACGACUCCAUAAGUUGUACACCUGAGCAGCUAUUCAAGGCGGUCGAGGGCUACUUUUCAACCGAAGAUCUGCCACUGAGUGUGCAUCCAGAAGAUGUUACAGUUUCUGGACUUACACCUAACGAAUACCAAGCAUCGUACUUAAACUACUCGGCAAGGGAAGGCUCUGACGAUAUCAAUAAUCUUGCUUCGUAUGCAUAUGACGCUGUUUGGAGCAUCGCCCUCGCUCUUAAUAAAAGUAUCCAACUUUUGGAAAAAGAUGCAAAUAAUACAACGCCUCAAAAACUGAGUGAAUUUACAUACGGAAACGCCAAGAUGCGUAACGUGUUCAUGAAAGCAAUGGAAACUAUUGAGUUUAAGGGCAUCUCGGGCCCUGUUAGUUUCACGAAAACCGGUGAUCGGGAAGGUCUUAUUGGACUUCGGCAGAUGCAAGGAGGAGAGGAUGUUAGCAUUGGGAGAUAUGAGCCGCAGACCGAUACACUGACACUGGAUGGCUACGCCCCUAUCAUUUGGCAAGGCGGCAGUCCACCCAAAGACAGCAUUCUAAAUAAAUAUUCUUCGAAGCAUAUUUCCUCCACCUACUUCUACAUCUUCACUAUUUUAUCAAGUUUUGGCGUCGUACUUGUCACCAUCUGCGCUAUGUUUCUCAUCUGGUAUUGGAAACGCGAUCUCAUCCAGAAGUGCACGCCAGUGUUCCAUCUGGUGUUCUUGGUUGGAUGUACUCUGCUCUAUCUCGCAAUCAUCAUGUUCAGUCUCGACGGUGGACGUAUUGCUAUCGACUCUCUUGCAACAUGGUGCACUAUACGGGCUUGGGUGUUGGCGGUUGGCUUUUCCUGUGCUUACGGAGUGUUGUUCAGCAAGAUAUAUCGAGCACAUUCAGUUUACACAUCCAAACUCAAUCCAUGGAUGCCGGGUUCACAUUGUGGUCACAUGAUCAAAACUGUGUUGUUUUGUUUAGUGUUUGACGUCAUCGUGUUGGUUGUGUGGAUGGUUCGAUUCCCGAUGGAAGUUGUAAUUGAAGAGACAGAUUCUAUUCUCGAUACGUAUACUAACAUAAGAACGAUAAGUCAAGUAGAAUUUUGUACAAAAGGAACUUCGUCGUACUUUGUUGCUGUUUUCUAUGUCUUUAAUGGACUUUUACUACUACUCGGUUCCUUUUUAUCAUAUGAAACACGUGAUCUGAAAAUUUUGAAUUUGAACGACACUUUUUUGAACGGAAUCGCGAUCUACGUCAUACUGACGCUGAGCAUCGUCUGCGCAUCCUUAUCGUACAUUUUGGAGCAGGAACCAGAACUUGCAUACGUCAUCAUUGCCUCACUCACGUGGCUAGCAACAACUAUGUCGGUCCUUUUGAUGUUUGUUCCUAAGGUCAUAUCUCUCCGUGGUACCUUCGAUAUUCGGAAUCUCUUUGAAACGAAAUCAGACGAGCAAGUAUUCGAAGAAGAGGCCGACACAGAGACGAAACUACGUUAUAGAAUCGCUGACGUGGACAGAACAAUUGAAAAAUUAAAAAAGCAGAUCGCCAGAAACGUCAAGUUCGGUACUUAUGCUUCGAUGCCCGGUGCGUGUAGUGUGUGGUGUUGCGGACAUCAUGUAGGAUGUACAUUGGUCGCUGGUGGAGGCAGACGAGCCGACAUUAGCGCCGAUACUCACGUACUCAAAAACGCACGAGCAGGCCACGACAACAACGCGUAUGUACCUGACGAUGACAUCGUUAUCAGGUCUGAGGAGCAGACAGUUGACGAGACAGGGAAAGUCAUUGGUCGUGUUCGGGUAGAGGAAGCCAUUUUCACAAGUUCUAUAGUAGGAGAAACGACAACAACGAAUUUUACAUGCGAAACUUUCGAAAAUGGUGUCAAUGAACACGAUGAUACAACACACCUUUAAACAGUAACAAGCGGCUACGCCGGCCAAGUCAUAUCAAUGAAUUGCCUGUUUAUCAAUGCCUACUUAUCAAAUAUUAUCCAAGUUUGAUUAGGUCUAUACUGAAUAUUACCAAAACAAAAAAAAAAAAAAAAAAAAAAAAAAAAAAAAAAAAAAAAAAAAAAAAAACACUACAAAAUGCACUUACAGGAGAAACAGUUUUUAUUACGUAGUAGGUGGGGCAGAGUAUCGAUUUUCUGACCAUAUAUUUUAUCAUUGCGGUUAGCCUUAGCUUCUUAUUUAUUGAAGAUGUUUCAUUUACUUUGGAUUAAACAAUGUCCAAUAACAAUGA